UGUGGUGAGGUGGAUUUACUAACUGACCAACAGAACAGAAGCAGGACACACAGGUUCUCAGGUGCUUUCCACAACAGCUCUGGUUCUUCCACACCAUAAAAUAAGAAACUUUCAGAGGUAUCAGACCACAGAGCUAUUGGAAUAUAGCUUUUCUGGGACAUGCUGCUUUUAAUUCAAAAGAGUUAAACUUACUCACAUCAGAAAGGUUGAAGUCUAUUUCUUCAAACUCAAACCAUACUCAAAGAUUGCUUAAAAUGGGACACAAGUGCAUCUCUAAACCCUCGUCGUUACAAACACUCAUCCUCUCCACCAUCCUCCUCUUCAUCUCCCCUACCUCUGCCAUGCCAGGGCCUGACUAUGGAGGCCACCCGCGAUUCAUCUGCAUUCCCGUCCCUGCCGAUACCGACCCUGCCUGCUUCCCCUCUGGGGGGCCAGUCAUGGGGCCUAGCGGGGCAGGGCAUCACACGCCUCCUGUAGGGCCCCCGAACAAUAAUGGCUGGUGGGGAAUGACAGAGGAGGCUAAAACCACUAUUUUACACCUGAGAGAGAGCCUGGUGCAGCAAAAAGAGACCAUCCUGGAUAUGAGAGAGACCAUCAGGGAGCUGACCGCCAAGCUUACCCUGUGUGAGGGCUCUGGGCCGGGCAUCGUGGCUCACAACGACCACCAUGAACCUCCAUCUCAUCACGGAGGGGCUGUCAGCCAUCUGCCUUACGCUGACAACGGUCACCAUGACAACCAGCAGGGUCACCAUGGAAACAACAACCAUGCUUUGGAUGCAGCCGGACACUACCCUGGGAAUGGGGGGCAUCGUUCGGACAGUGGGCAUAACAACAGGGGGAAGGAUAAACACGCAACACCAGAGGAUAUGAUAUCAUCAAAAUCGCCGGAAGAACUGAGCAGGAUGCUGCAGGCCCUUAAAGAGAGAAUGGAUAACCUGCAGCAGUCAAGGAACACCUCCACCACCUACUCCAGCUCUCUGAAGGAGCUCCUCCAGAGGAAGAUCAGUGCUCUGGAGCAGCAGAUGCACCACACCGCUGCUGCCCUCAGCAGCAGCCCCAAUCACCAUGACGACAGCGAUCACCACGAUGACGGGCACCAUGAAGACCACGACGAUGACGGGCAUCACGAUGACAGUCACCAUGAUGACCACCCCGAUGAUCACCAUGAUGAUGGGCAACACGACAACGAGGCAGAUAGCCAUGGUUACCUGCAGAGAACGGGUUAUCACAUACCAGGGCCCAGGGCUGGCCUGCACUCCAACAACAAAUUGGACUCUCUACUGAAUAACCUGCACCACACAGGUACCAUCAGCAGGAAGAAGACCAAGAACCCUGAUGCCUUCCAGAUCGGUUUCCCCAUGAGAACCAACUACAUGUACGGGAAGGUGAAGACGACCCUCCUCCACGAGAUCUUUGCCCUCACCCUGUGUCUGUGGAUAAAGGGGGGUGCAGGCCCCGGGCUGGGGACCCCCUUCUCCUACUCUGUACCAGGACAGGCCAACGAACUGGUGCUGAUCGAGUGGGGCAACAACCCCAUGGAGCUGUUGGUGGAUGACAAGGCAGUGACUCUGCCCCUUUCUAUCAGCGAUGGAAAGUGGCACCAUGUGUGUGUGACGUGGUCGACGAGGGACGGUGAGUGGGAGGCGUACCAGGACGGGGUGAAGAGGGGCUCUGGGGAGAACCUGUCCGCAUGGCAUCCCAUCAAACCUGGAGGGGUCUUCAUCCUCGGACAGGAACAGGACACUCUGGGAGGUCGUUUCGACGCCACGCAGGCGUUUAUGGGGGACAUCUCUGACCUCCAGAUGUGGGCUAAUGUCCUCACGGCCCAUGACAUCUACAGCCUGGCCUCCUGCAACAGCCACCUCAGUGGGGACGUCAUCACCUGGUCCGAGAACGUGGUGGAGCUCCACGGAGGGGUCACCAAGUACCCCUUCGACCCCUGUCACUAAGGGCAACCAACUAUUAUGACAUUAUCAAUGGAUCCAUAUCACACACAUACUUAAAAGUACUCCUAUCGAAGAAGGAUUUUUUUCCGAUCCAGAGGGGGUAUGAGAUCACACGGGAUAGAGAAUCCACUCCACUUAAUAUUACCACCUGACUAAAACUAUGCCUUCCUUUUAGUCUGAAAGACGGUAGACCCCCAUUCCCAGAGACUGUGUUAUGACUAUUAUGGAAUUAAAUGUUUUGAUAAUGAAAUGGACUAUAUAUACAGUGCCGUCAGAAAGUAUUCAUACCCCUUGACUUAUUCCAUGUUUUAUUGUGUUACAGCCUGAAUUCUACAUUUAUUAAAUUAUAACAAAUGUUCACCCAUCUACACAUAAUAAUACCCCAUAAUGACAAAGUGAAAACAUGUUUUUCGAAAU